CCUCCGCUACAAGACCUAGUGUUAGUUUCAUGAAGGCUGCAUUUCAAGCGGGAUACACUACCUGUGAUGCCCGACCCUCAAGUCACUCAUUUCACUCAAUCAGUUUCACGUGGCUGUGGUACAUAGCGUUCUAUGGAAACGGAUUUGACAGACAAUAUCUCCCACGUGGUUCCUCACACUGAAUAUUUUAAGUGAAAUCAAGUUUGUCAACGCUGUGCUUCAAAGGAUUUGUGGUAUAUUCUCCAGCAGAUUCACGUGAUUCGUUUAGUCAACCGCUGAAGUUAGUCAUUUGUUUUGCUUCAACCCUUGUCGAUUUCUCAACGUUAAAUUUGCAUAAUACGCCUAACGGAUAAUUAGCAGAGUGAUGGGAGGAGGUGCAGCUCUAUCGAUAUAAGUGGAAAUGUACUGGUGAUUCAAAACACAACUCUGGAAUAAUGAACGAAUGAUGUUUCCAAUUUCACUCAGAUCCGAUCUUACUUUGCACGAGCAGUGGCUGUGAUAUAAAAAGUCAGAUCGACGGAUAUCAUACAUUUAUUCCUGGGACACAGUCACAUCAAGAACGGAUUACUACCAAGUCCUGCUAUUUCAAGCCGAAUUUUCUCACUUAGAUAUCAACUCUUAUUUCAUCAUCCGUCAGAUAAUGGUAUUUGCCUUCCUGUUGGUACUUGUAGUGAUCGAAUCCGGACCUUCAAGCGUUCUAGCUGACACGAGGUGCACUUUCAACGGUCGUAGUUAUGCGGUUGGCGAGACGUGGCACCCGGUUCUUAGGCCCUUUGACCUUGGAACUAGACCUUGCAUUAACUGCACGUGCGAACAGACGGGUAAAACCAACUGCGUGACGGAAGAAUGUCCACGCCCUAAAUGUAAAACACCCAUUAUUGUCCCCGGGAAAUGUUGCCCCACGUGCCAAGACCCAUUUGACAACAUUCCUCCUACAGUCCAGACGAGUGACGGAAGUGGGAAGGACAUGGACAAACCCGGAUGUAACUUUUAUGGAGAAGUUUACGAAGAUGGAACAAUGUUUCCAUCCAACCGAACUGGCCUCAAGGCCACGAGGAAUGAUCAGUGUGUCAUGUGCUUCUGCCAGACAGCCCAGGUCCUCUGUCAUCUAAAAACGUGUGAAAAAAAAGGAAGCUGUAAAAAAUACAUCAAUGUUUCCGAUGACUGCUGCCCUCACUGUGAAGAAGAGGACGAUUACGAAGAUUAUGUAAACAAAAUUCUUUCAGGUGAGCGACCAGACAAUGUCUCCGAUUCUGAUUGUUCUGUUGGAAAGACGAAUGGCAAGACGUGGCAUCCGUUGAUUGGAACGUACGGCCCCGACAAGUGUGUACUGUGUAAAUGUAAGGAAGGGAAUGUGAGUUGUAAGCGGAAGAAGUGCGUCCCAGACAACAAACUGCCAUGCUCCUCGCCAGUCCAGAAGGAGGGAGAAUGCUGCAAAACUUGCCCCAAACGAAGCCGAGUCACAGACCGAAACAGGAACUGCAAGAGACGGAAGGGAAAAGAUGGCAAGCGACGUAGGCGGAGAUGUAAUAAAAAGGGUGGCAGAAAGCGGAAGAAGCACAAACAGUCCACACCUUCCAUGACAACUAGGGUCAUACCUACGUCACUUCCGCCCAUCACCCCGCCGCCAUCUUUGUUCUCCACAAUGUGCCUUCCAAAGCGAAGCGACAGAUACGUUUAUCAGAUCGAGGAGAAACAUUCAAUAACGUUACUGUUUGAUGUGCCGACUGGGGCCUCAGUAGAAGUAUUCAAGUGGACCGUGAGGAAAGGGAGAGUGUCCGAAAUGGUGACAGACAACAGACCCGCAGCAACGGUUCGAGCCACGAUAGCCCAGUCCCAGGUGCUCGGGGCCACAAACAAGAGAAACUUCAAGAAGUUCAAGCGGAAGUUGCGCAAGAAGAUGCAGCGCUGCGAACCAUCAUGUCGGCGGAAAGUUAUCACGAGUUGUUUGAAGAGACUGAAAACCAAAAGUGCAAAAUUUGGAAAACAGUGUGAUAAAAACUGAGAAGAGUUGACUGCUCAAGCGACUUCAAUCCAUGAAAUGACAUUGGUCUGGUGACAGGAAGGAUUUACAUAUCAGUCACGUGACUGGCAGACGUUUUGCUUCGUUCGACCGGAAGUGGUAACAACUUGGCAGGAAUGGCUCCCACCUGUUUUCAAACUUCCUGUGUGGAUAUUGAGUACUGUUACAUUGUCACGUGACCGGAAGUGAGGUCAGGUUGUGAAGCUGUCAGUUUGUGUUUUCAUGUGUCGUGAUUGGACGAGUGGAACCAAUCAUUUUCAGGGCGAUUGUCAGACAAAACCCCAGGGGUGCAGACUCGAAUCGUAUCGCUUUAACCGAAAAAAAGUUUUAGAUGUAGCCGCCAUGUCUUUAAAAGACGCCUACAGCCUGUAGUGGCUUAUGCACUUCAUGUUCGUGCAUCUAUCAAAGUGCUUAUACUUUUUGUAUAUAUAGACGGUGUAUAAUAUAUAUUUUGUAGGUGUAUAUGUCUCGCGGAAUGGAUGUGUAAAAAUUCGUAUUGAGAUAUAUGAUCUAUUUAUAUGAAUCCGUUACAGCUAUUUUGUGAAUAUUUUUGUUUAUACUAGAGUGUGCAGUUGAUAAGCAUAUGCUUACUGUCGAGGUUACCUAUCUCAAAUUGUGCCAGCCUUAUAUCGAGGACACUGGCACAGAUAAUCAAUCCGAGGUAGCCUUAUAUCGAGGAUAUUGGCAAGACAUACCGUUAAGGGAUUCAGCGAGAUCGGUUAUAUUGUUUAUGGAGUCAAAUUUUCAGAACGUCCAAAUCAGAUUUUCAAACCGACGGUUCUCCAGAUCGGUUGAUGGUUGUUGUUAUAGAGGGGAGUCAAAGUACAAUGUCGAGUAUGAAAAGAAAUAAGACUUUUCAUGGAUUCUUUUCUUCAUUAAAACCACGCUUCAAGGUUAAUUUUGUCUUAUAAUCGGGUUGAUAAAAAUCACAUAAAAUAAAAAAUUCAAGGCGAAACUAGAAACGAAUCUUGUGUGGCAAUUAAUAACUCAGUUAUGUAAGCUGCAUGCAAGUCUGUGACAUUUGAUUGGCCAAUCGAGCAAUGUAAAUCAAAUGCAUUGUCUAAAGCUAAAUAUCUAGGCCACACCCACUAACGGGGACUAUCCGUUCCUUCCUGAUUGGCUGAUAACAGAAUGGGCGGGGCGUGUGUUGUAUUAUUGCGCUCAUCGAUGUCUGUUGUUUGAUAUUAUUGUAGACAUAUUUUUAUAAGGAAUAGGAACAUGCGCUUUUGGAAUUGUAACGUGAAUGGAUACUAUGCGCACAGUAUGUGCAUGCGUGUUUUACAACAUAGACGGAAACAUACACUGACAUCUGUUCUGAAAUAACGGCGCUCUGAACCAAGAAUAAAUAUUCUUCCGAUAAAGCAUAUUUCGUAUUUUGUAUUGGUUGUGUUGUCCGUUACAGGAAAGUAAUAACGCAUGCGAACAUCUUUUGUAAUUUAUUUGAUUGGUUGUAUCUAUUAUAUUUGAAAGUGUUACCUAAUUUCGUCCGGUACUGUACGGAGACGAACCUCUAUGACUCCGACAACAUAGUGAGGCCACAGCGCUAUCUGUAGGCACGUGUAGUGCUUCGUUGUCAUUGUUUUCAUAAAUGUAAUAAACUUUCUAAAACAAUC